AGGACUGAACCCUGGGUCUUGUGCUUGCUAGACAGAUGCUCUACCACUGAGCUAAAUAAUAGCCAAACUGGAGAAGAUAACUUUAUUUUACAGUUUGUUAUAUUUAGAGGACAGAGCAGGGUCACUGGGAGCAUCAGGCCUUAUCUAGAGCUUUAGGAGUGCAAGAGCUCAGAGCUACUUCAUGAACAUACGACCCCCAAAAGCACGCCAGAAGGCCUUUCCUCCUGGGUGUCAGUGUCCUGCAGUAUUCUGCACAGACAUGAGUGCCAAUGGGAGGCUUAACUGAAUCAUAGGCUGCUCUUAAAUUUAGUGUUGUCCUUAAUGAGAGUCUUAGGCAACAGUGACUGUAACUAGUAAACGUUCUAAGUUAAACAAAGGGAUCCUGCAGCUCUGUGUUGCAAAGACCGAAGGUUACAGUCAGGGUCCUCAGUGUCCUGUAUGCGCCCGUUUCCUCACUCAGGAUGGACUCAAGGCCAAGGAGAGAGCUGUUCACAGUAAGGAAAGAAGCCUGCAGUGGUGAUCUCUCCUCCCACAUUCCACCUGCUGGGACACCUGGAGUCCCCUCAGCUGAUUUCAGAAGGCAGAAGAAAAAGGACAAAGUCUUCCACACUUGGGACGGUGUGAAGGGAUGCUACUGAACCCCAGUGUCGCUGUGACUUUUGAAGCUAAUCCAAGACAUCUUGUGCCUCCCUCGGUCCCCUCCCCUUCCUGCUAUUUUGCACUUGUGCUCACUGGGGAGUUCUAUGGCAGGAAGGCUUGAUUUUAUUAACAGUGUGAGGGUUCCCUAUUCCCACAGUGGCAGUAUCCAGCCUGCAGCUUCAGGGUUCAGUCCAGACCCUGUUGUCUGACCAUGAGGAUUUGGUGGCUUCUGCUGGUUAUGGGUGCAUGCACAAGGAGCGUAUUCUCCCAGGACACCUGCCGGCAAGGGCACUCUGGCAUCCCUGGCAAUCCAGGUCACAAUGGCCUACCUGGAAGAGACGGACGAGAUGGUGCCAAGGGUGACAAAGGAGACGCAGGAGAACCAGGUCAUCCCGGGGGCCCAGGAAAGGAUGGAAUUCGUGGAGAGAAAGGAGAACCAGGAGCCAAUGGAAGAGUUGAAGCAAAAGGCAUCAAAGGUGAUCCAGGCUCCAGAGGAUCUCCAGGGAAACAUGGCCCAAAGGGAUCCAUUGGCCCUAUAGGAGAGCAAGGGCUGCCAGGAGAGACCGGCCCUCAGGGGCAGAAGGGGGAUAAAGGCGACGUGGGCCCCACUGGACCCGAAGGACUAAUGGGUAGUACUGGACCUUUGGGUCCCAAGGGCUUACCUGGCCCAGUGGGCCCCAUUGGCAAACCAGGUCCCAAGGGAGAAGCUGGACCCAUAGGCCCCCAGGGGGAGCCAGGAGUCAGAGGAAUGAGAGGCUGGAAAGGGGAUCGAGGAGAGAAGGGGAAAGUUGGCGAGGCUCCCAUUGUACCCAAGAGUGCUUUCGCUGUGGGGCUCACAGUGAUCAGUAAGUUCCCUCCCCCAGAUGUACCCAUUAAAUUCGAUAAGAUCCUAUACAAUGAACUGAACCACUACAAUGUAGUGACGGGGAAAUUCACCUGCCAUGUGGCAGGUGUCUAUUACUUCACCUACCACAUCACUGUGUUCUCCAGGAAUGUGCAGGUAUCUUUGGUCAAAAAUGGUGUAAAAAUCCUGCAUACCAAGGAUGGUUACAUGAGCUCCGAGGACCAGGCGUCUGGUGGCACCGUGCUGGAGCUGAAGCUCGGGGACGAAGUGUGGAUGCAGGUGACAGGAGGAGAGAGGUUCAAUGGCUUAUUUGCAGAUGAGGAUGACGAUACCACAUUCACAGGCUUCCUGCUGUUCAGCAGCUCUUGACGCAAGGACUCUGCAUGUAGGUCUCAUAGAGAGCUCUGCCGGUGAAUGUGGUACCCACAGAACUAUCUUGGUAAGGGUGGGAUGUGACUGCAACCAUUCCUCUAGUUAUUGCAUCAAUCCUAAAAUGUACACGUGGAGAGUUAAUCCUACAGAUUCUGUCAUUUGGACAUAUGAAUAAUAAACAUGUGAAAAUGCAUCAGUGU